CAAAAAAAGUCCCAUCUUUAUAUAGUGUCUCUCUGCUUGUUCCAAUCUGCUACAUUGGUACCCAAAGCACUAAACUCUCUCUCUGAAUUCCUCUCAGUCAGGAAUUUGGAGAGUUGUCACUACUGAAGCAAAACUAAAUUUCUGGGAAAAAAUGGAGUUUUCCAGGAUUUUUACGGUUAGUUGUUCCGUAUUACUCAUGUGCUCCUCCUUGGCAUAUGGGCAAGCUGCUAGUCCUCCUGCUCCGGCCGCAAUGACUCAAACUCCGACACCAGCACCAGCACCUGCACCGGAAUAUGUGAACCUCACAUAUUUACUCUCUGUGGCUGGUCCAUUCGAAACUUUCCUCAACUACCUUGAAUCUACUAAAGUCAUUGACACCUUCCAAAACCAAGCCAACAACACUAAACAGGGCAUUACAAUUUUCGUACCAAAAGACAAUGCGUUCAAGGCUCUGAAGAAGCCUUCUUUAUCCAAUCUCAGUUCUAACCAGCUCCAAUCACUCCUCCUUUUCCAUGCCUUGCCCAAAUUCUAUGCCCUUGCAGACUUCAAUGACCUCAGUGCAAAAAGCCCUGUUAGUACACUUGCUGGUGGCCAAUACACUUUGAAUUUCACAGAUGAUUCUGGCACCGUGCACCUUGAUUCAGGAUGGAGCAAAACAAAAAUUACCAGCGCUGUACAUUCAACUGAUCCUGUUGCAAUUUAUCAAGUCGACAAGGUCCUUCUUCCAGAGGCGAUCUUUGGUACUGACAUUCCUCCAACUCCUGCUCCGGCCCCAUCUCCUGAUAUUAGCCCAGCUGCAGAUUCUCCAUCAGCAGAGUCUAAAGGCGACUCUUCACCCAAGUCUUCACCUUCAAAUUCAUCAUCUCAUAGGAUUAUAAACUUGGGCAUUUGGAAUCAGCUGGUUUUGGCAGUCUUAGGUGGGGUGGUUCUGUUUUCUUAAGAUAGAACUUCAUUGAGUCUAAUUUAUGUUCUGGGAGGAACACCUCUGAGUUUCUCAAUUUACUUUGAUUUUUAAAACCAUUUUUUCAUUUUUAUGUUUUUGAGAUUAUGUGUUGAGAAUGUGAGUUCUUCUGUUAUUAUUACUACUUCAAUUUACAUGGCUUUACCUGAAUCUCUGUUUUUAACUUGAUCAUACUUGUUUCCAUUUUUUUUUUUUUUUGGUUGCCACAUCUAAACUAGUUGUUCUAGCAUAGAAUUGUUAUUGGCUUGCUGUUAAAAUGAACAAUUAGACUAGCAUUGAAUGAUUGUAAAUAUUUUUCCAUGGCGAGAAACUUGAUUUCAUACCAAUUCUCAUUCAUGGAACUCAGUCAAGAUCACAAGCAACCUCACUAUCCAACCCCAAAGGGGCAAAAGAAUAAGGACCAUGGUUAAGUUGGUGCCCCAAGAUCUGUUUCUGCUGGUGCUAACUCUUGCAUUAAUAGCAAUUCGUUCAAGUUCCAUUGAAAUGCAAAGA